AUGGGUUUCAUUCGACAAAGGAAAGAUGGGACUACCAGUUUACAGAUCAUAGUUACGCGAGUCGGCGUAGUUUCAGAAGCUAAUCAAAGACCAGUCUCGUUGGUGCAGCUUAUAGGUAAAUUGAACCACGGUACUGGAGCAUUAGCAGGAUUCCGAAAAGAUAGAAGAAUAAUAAUUAUAAUAUUACGGGCCUUCGAAUCUUAUACCCCAAGAUACGAUUCUACAUUCACCAAUCUCUCGAAAGAAGAAACAGACUUGGUGUAUCAGAUAUACGGCUAUGAAAUUGCUGUAGGAUACACAGAAUCCAUAUUAGACUUUGCUAAAUACAGUGAUUAUAUGUUAACUAUGGUCGAUGAUUUGCUCUUUGGUGUAAAAGUUGAUAUCGGCCAAUUGAAAACGCUAUCAGGAUUAGAAAUUGAUGUUCAUGUCUCGGAAAAUGCGGAUAAUUAUAUUCAUAAAAAUUCUAGAAUGUGUCUGUAAGUAACAGCAGCCUUAAUUUUACCUUUUUUCUUUUUCAGGAAAGGAAAUGAAGCUGAACAAGGAAUGCGCAGCUUUACAGUCUAUCUUCCUCCUUCAGCUAUUGCUUCUGUUGACGGUUAG